AUGGUAUGCGAUGGAGCUAGUUUGUUUUUGUUUUUAAAAGAUUGGGCCGCUGCUGCGUGUAAAUCAACUGUUAAACACCCUUAUUUGGAUGGAGAAUCCAUUUUUCCGCAAUACGCUCCAUUUCCAGCAGAGGCAAGUAUUCUAAAUAUAUAUGCCUCUUUUGCUAAAGAAGGCAAGCAUAUUACAAAGAGGAUUGUGUUUAAGGAAUCUGCCAUUGCUAAUCUUAAAGCAAAAGCAAGAUUGAACAAUAUUAAUAAUCCUACGCGCGUUGAGGUGGUCACUGCAAUUCUCAGCAAACGUCUUAUGGCUUGUUUCAAAAAUAAAACAGGUAUCAAUAAACCACUCGGAAUAACCCAUGCUGUGAAUUUGAGACGAAAAGGGGAGCCGCCAUUGCGUAUCAAUAAACCACUCGGAAUAACCCAUGCUGUGAAUUUGAGACGAAAAGGGGAGCCGCCAUUGCCAGAAUGUUUAGUGGGGAACUGUGUAAGUAUUGCUGGUGCAGUAUUCACUGCAGAGGAGGAGUUGAAUGAAUUAGUGACUGGACUAAGGGAAGCAAUAAGAAAAGUGGGUAAUGAUUUUCUGAAGAAGAUAAAAAGUAAGGAAGAUGGAUUCUGUGAGUAUUAUGAUGCGAUGAAAGAGAUUGGGGAUUUAUUUACUACUCCGGAAUCUGAUAGCGCAGUGGAGUUAGCUGGGUUUAGUAGUUGGUGCAACUUUGGUGCAUACGACAUUGAGUUUGGAUGGGGAAAGCCAAUAUGGGCAGGCUGUGCUGUGCCAUAUGUGGAAGAUUCAGAUAAUCCACAUUUCAGUGUGAUCAUUUUAAUGGAUACAAGAACAUAUAAAGGAGUUGAAGCGUGGGUGUCUAUGAACGAAGAUGAUCUUGAUUUCUUGGAGAAAGACGAAGAGCUUCUUCAAUAUGUUACCGUUGAUCCAUCUCCAAUUUAUAAUUAA